AUGGAGCCGGAAGGGCAUGGCUUGGCCAAGAUGAUGGGAUGCCGGCUCUGGACGGCCACCAGCAAGGCGCUGUUUGUGGAGUUCCUGGCCACGGGGCUGUACGUGUUCUUUGGCGUGGGCUCGACUCUGCACUGGCCCUUGGCGCUUCCCACUGUGCUGCAGAUCACCAUCACCUUCAACCUGGCCACAGCCAUGGCCGUGCAGAUCACCUGGAAGACCAGCGGGGCACACAUCAACCCCGCCGUGACGCUCGCCUUCCUCGUGGGCUCGCAGAUCUCACUGCCCCGCGCUGUGGCCUAUGUGGCUGCCCAGCUGACAGGGGCCACUGUGGGGGCUGCCGUGCUUUAUGGGGUCACACCAGGGGACAUCCGAGAGACCCUCGGGAUCAACAUGGUCUGGAGCAACGUCUCGACUGGCCAGGCAGUGACAGUGGAGCUGGUUCUCACCCUGCAGCUGGUGCUCUGUGUCUUUGCUUCCACCGACAGCCGUCAGGCAUCGGGCUCCCCGGCCACCAUGAUUGGGAUCUCUGUGGCAUUGGGCCACCUCAUCGGGAUCUACUUCACUGGCUGUUCUAUGAACCCAGCCCGCUCCUUCGGACCUGCCCUCAUCGUUGGGAAGUUCACGCUCCACUGGAUCUUCUGGGUGGGGCCCCUGACAGGGGCUGUCCUGGCUUCGCUGAUCUACAACUUUAUCCUGUUCCCUGACACCAAGACCCUGGCCCAGCGACUGGCCAUCCUUACAGGCACUGAGGAGACACAGAAAUUGGUAGCGCUGGAGCCCCAGAAGGAAUCCCAGUCGGGUUCAGAAGACUCCAUACCGAAGAGUGUGUGUCAGGUGAUAUAGAACUUGGCUCCUGCCCUCAGGCUUCUGAGAAUAGCCGGGCAGGUAUGCAUACGUGUGGACACAACAGGCUGACUACCUCUUUUGGAGAGCACUGGGCCCUAGGGUUGAUGAGGGAGAAAGCUGAAAAGCCCUCAGAAAGCCCUGGCACAGAGCAGACUGCUGAAGAGAGAUCACUUGAAGACUUCUUACUGAAAGCCAGAUGGUGAACAUGAGACGGGGUGAGAGCUAAUGCCACUCAGGGGGAAAGCCAAUAAGCUAAUCCGCUGACACGUUUCUAGAAGCAGGCUGAUGGCUGUGGUUCAGAGACUCGCCUGUGCUUGGCUCUGAGCUUCAGAGCACACAAGAUACACAUGGGCGGCCCGAGAACAGACUCCCACCCAGAGCCACCUCAAGCACCCACACCAGCUCUUCCUUCUCUUCCGGCAGAGAAAACAGCCCUGGAUCACCAAGCACAGGUCUGCAUUCUACCAGACAACAACCCCAGCCAUGAAGACAUUCUCCUAAUCACCUUCCCCAGCAGUCUGGGCCUCCCGGCUCUUUCUGGGUCGUCUGUUGAGUACACAGGCACAACCACAUACAGCCCUGAGUGGAACCAUUGACGUACCUAAUAAUACACUCACAAGCCCACGAUGCUGAAAUCUGAAAUAGCCGGCACCACCGCUGACCUCUAGAGUGGGACUACAUUCCCCAGGUUCUAAUCCCAGCUAAACUAUAAUUAGUGUGUGGGAAUUUGAGCCAAACCACCUUUCUGAAUUUGUCAGUUGGGAUGACAUCACCUAACCUGCCCACCGAACAUGAGUGUGGUGAG